AUGACUUCACAAUCCGUUGUCCCUCCGGGGGUGUUGAGUAGCAUUACAGAACACAUCGGCAACACACCUCUGGUCCGAUUGAAUCGCCUUCCACAGAGCCUCGGAAUUGAAGCGACGGUAUAUGCCAAACUCGAAUACUUCAAUGCCGGUGGUAGUGUCAAAGACCGUAUUGCGCUUCGCAUGAUCGAGGAGGCCGAGAAAUCGGGCAGGAUCAAACCUGGAGAUACAUUGAUUGAACCUACCAGUGGCAACACUGGUAUCGGUUUGGCGCUUGUAGCGGCAGUUAAAGGAUAUAAAACUAUCAUCACUUUACCCGAGAAAAUGUCCGCCGAAAAAGUCUCUGUACUCAAAGCCCUUAAUGCCAACAUCAUCCGUACUCCUACACAAGCCGCAUAUGACUCUCCAGAAUCCCACAUCGGAGUUGCCAAACGUCUCGAGAAAGAACUUCCGAAUGCCCAUAUCCUCGACCAAUACAGCAAUGUGAACAACCCACUAGCUCAUGAACUUGGUACUGCGCAAGAAAUCUGGAUCCAGACUGAGGGCAAAAUCACGGCGGUUGUCGGCGGUGCUGGUACUGGAGGUACUAUCACCGGUAUAUCCAAGGGCUUGAAGAAACACAAUUCCGCAGUCAAGGUUAUUGCUGCAGAUCCACAGGGUUCGAUUCUCGCGCUGCCUGCCUCACUCAAUACUGAACAUGAGAAUGAGCCGUACAAGGUUGAGGGUAUUGGCUAUGACUUUAUCCCUGAAGUUCUCGAUCAAUCGUCGGUUGAUAAGUGGUAUAAAACCAAUGACAAAGAGUCCUUUCAAUAUGCUCGACGAUUAAUUGCCGAGGAGGGCCUUUUGGUUGGAGGUAGCAGUGGAAGCGCCAUUGCUGCCCUUGUCAAGGCGCACCAAGACAAUCAACUCUCCAAAGAUGACAUUGUCGUGGUAGUCUGUCCUGACAGUAUUCGCAGCUAUCUUACCAAGUUUGUGGAUGAUGACUGGCUCGCUGCCAAUGAUCUACUUCCUGCUGUUCCAUCGGAACUUUCAACAACGACAUCCGAGACUCCCAUAACUCGCGAACAGAAAGACGUCUUCGCCAACGGCAAGGUGCGAUCUUUGAGACUCAAACCUGUGACUACAGUGCGAGCGAAUGACUCCUGCCAAGCCGCAAUAGAACUCAUGCGUGAAAAAGGCUUCGACCAACUGCCCGUCCUUACAGCUGAUGGCAAGAAACUCGCCGGCCUGAUCACACUGGGUAACGUCUUGAGUUGGAUCUCUCGCGGCCGCGCGUCUGGCAAGAGCCCUGUUUCAGAAGUCAUGUUUGAUUUCUCGAAGCUACCCGAAGUCGUCACCGAUCCUAGAUCGUUGCAGGCUGCCUCCAACAAAACGGGCGGCCAAGGAGCACAGGCUGCUCAGGCUAAGAAUCGCAAUAAAUUCUUUGAGAUUACAUGGGACACGCCUCUCAGCGUGCUCAACCGAUUCUUUGAGUGGAAUAGUGCGGCUGUUGUGACUGAACGUGACGAACAUGGAACGAUCAAGCCUGUUGCAGUAGCGACCAAGGUUGAUCUACUUACUUGGUUGCUGCGUCAGAGCAAUACCAAUGCUUAG